CCGAUUGCGCGCGAACCCAACGUUGCUCACGAGUACGACGGCUUUGGCGCCAACGAUUUCGCUACUCCGAGGCCCGCGCUGAGUCUCCUCGACGAGCUUGCUGGCUCCGACUCGAACCCGUCCGAAGACAACUACGAGCCCGAGGAGCUCGAAAGCAACGCCGUGUGGCAAGCCUUUCGGCGCAGUGUCGUACUGCGGCGGUCGUCAGCUCUCAAGAGCGCCUCCGCUGGGUCCAACUCGGGCCGCACGGCGUCGCUCAUGCUCUCGUCGUCGCUCGCCAAAAAAACGAUUAAACUGCGCAAGAAGGUGCGUCGCAGUAGCUCGACGGGUACUCCGCACGUGACGGCGAGCGAUGUCAGGAACGCCGGUGGGUUUGCCCAGUUUCACAAAAACAUGAUUCAGCGCCGCAUUCACCAGGCGCAAAUCGUCAUGCAGCCGCCGCCUCCAUGA